AUGGACCUUGGUGUACCCUCUGCCUACGAGUCAUACUCGAACCGGCUCGACCCUCAUGACGAAGUCGACGAUGACUACGCCGCAAAGGAAUUCCUAGCCGUCUCCGACCAACAUGUUCUCCUCAGGAGGCGCCGUGCGCGGAAUAAACGUCGGGGUGCUUUUGAUACCGUCAGACUCUGCCUCCGCAUCUUGAUCCUCUUACUCGAUCUGAGUAUUCUGAGUUUACUUAUCCAUGGAGUUAAUACUUGGGAUAUAACAUAUAACUCUGUGGAUAGAAACGAGGAUGGCUGGGGAACUCAACGGGCUUUGGUUAACAUGUUCUCGACCUGGUUAAUGCUAGCAAUUGCAGUUUUUGCAUCCUUUGUCCAGAUAAUAGCUUUAGCAACUCAUCUCAGUCUUCCCCAAUCCUUGCGCGAUGGCUGGGUACAUACCGUUGCCGUGCUGGCCAGCUCUGGUACUGUGAUUGCAGCCUGGGUUAUCGCAACUAUUUACUUCAUUGUCGACAAAGAAGUGCUUCAGGGUGACUGGGACCUAUGGUCUUGGUCAUGCCAGAGCAGGUCCCGGCACAGCUCUGGCCCUUGGGUAACUCUGUGCAUAGAAAUGAUGUCUACCUCCAAAGCUACAGAAACGACCGAAAAGGUCUCCGACCUCCCCCCAUCAUUCCAAGAAACAAUGGCCUCAUCACCACCCAUCUUCCAAACCCAAUUCGCCUGCAUGACCUUCAACAUGUUCGACCGCAUUCGUCUCAUUAACUUCACGGAAGCAGAAGUAUCAGCCAUCAAAGAAGUCGUCGCAGCCCGGUGGUCACCGGGUCUUUCACAUGUGCAACCCUACGGGGAGUCAAUGGAAUUUAGGCUUCGUGGAAGACCUUGGCUACAUAGAUGUGAUGGGAACGAUAACUCGAGGAGACUAAUGCUGAGAAUUCUGGAGAAGUUGUUUGAUAUGGGUUGGGUGUUGCAGGGAGCUAUGGAGAUUACGCUCAAGUCUGAGAGUAAAGAUUCACUUAUAUUCCGAAAACAAGAUCCCAUCCCACCACCAUGCGACUGGAUCUGUAUAUCCUUCGACAACAGCGAUAAACUAAAGAUCGUAGACUCACCACCCAAAGACCUCACAGACGCAAUCCUUCAAACAUUUGGUCGUGAUGUAAGACGUAAAGAAAUCACAUCUGACCGCGUCAAGAUACAUCUUGCAAACACGCCGUGGAAUCCUUCAGGGACAGAUACUGUUCAGACGAGGAUCAUACUGCUAAAGUUGAUUGAGACAUUGGAGAGAUGUGGUUUCACAAUUUAUGCUACGAUUGGGUCGAAGGGCGAGGAUGAGGAGGGUGCGCAAGAUUUGUUGGUUUGCCAGAGGGUGAAGGGUUGGAUUCCUGGGGCGCCCAUAUGGCACCGGUAG